GUCACGGAGCGGGGGGGCGUGGCUUCGGGCCCGGCCGGCCAAUGGGCUGUGUGUGUGGCGGCGUCGCCAUGGCGACGGGGCUGUUCCCGGGGAGGCUGUGAUGGGUUGACAGGUGCGUGACAGUCGGAGCUCUCCGCAGGCAUGUACGGCAAAGGCAAGAGCAACAGCAGCGUCCCGUCCGACAGCCAGGCCCGGGAGAAGUUAGCACUGUACGUAUAUGAAUAUCUGCUCCAUGUAGGAGCACAGAAAUCUGCCCAGACAUUUUUAUCGGAGAUAAGAUGGGAAAAAAACAUCACACUGGGGGAGCCGCCAGGAUUCUUGCACUCCUGGUGGUGUGUAUUUUGGGAUCUCUACUGUGCAGCUCCAGAAAGACGAGAAACAUGUGAACAUUCAAGUGAAGCAAAAGCCUUUCAUGACUAUAGUGCUGCAGCAGCUCCCAGUCCAGUGCUAGGAAACAUUCCCCCGGGAGAUGGCAUGCCAGUAGGUCCUGUACCACCGGGUUUUUUUCAGCCUUUCAUGUCCCCUCGGUACCCUGGAGGUCCAAGGCCACCUUUAAGAAUACCCAACCAGGCACUUGGAGGUGUCCCAGGAAGUCAGCCAUUAUUGCCUAGCGGGAUGGACCCAACACGGCAGCAAGGACAUCCAAACAUGGGUGGACCUAUGCAGAGAAUGACUCCUCCAAGAGGAAUGGUUCCUUUAGGACCACAGUCUGACCCUUGGUUAUCAUUGCAGAACUAUGGAGGUGCAAUGAGACCCCCACUGAAUGCUUUAGGUGGCCCGGGGAUGCCUGGAAUGAACAUGGGCCCAGGGGGUGGUAGACCUUGGCCAAAUCCAACUAAUGCCAAUUCCAUACCUUAUUCUUCAGCAUCUCCUGGGAAUUAUGUAGGUCCUCCAGGAGGUGGAGGGCCACCAGGAACACCCAUCAUGCCUAGUCCAGCAGAUUCAACCAACUCUGGAGACAACAUGUACACUUUAAUGAAUGCAGUACCACCUGGACCCAACAGACCUAAUUUUCCAAUGGGGCCAGGGUCAGAUGGACCUAUGAGUGGACUGGGUGGAAUGGAUUCACAUCAUAUGAAUGGAUCAUUAGGCUCAGGAGACAUGGACAGUAUUUCCAAAAACUCUCCCAGUAAUAUGAGCAUGAGUAAUCAGCCUGGCACUCCCAGAGAUGACGGCGAGAUGGGUGGAAACUUCCUAAACCCUUUUCAGAGUGAGAGCUACUCCCCUAGCAUGACAAUGAGUGUGUGAUCCGUUAACAAGUCUCGUCCUGAAGACCACAGUGAGUUGGCCCUCUUCAGAGAGCUACUACAGAAGAAAAUUAUUCAUCCCAGUGUACAGUCUUAACAAAAGGAUCUCAGACAUAAUCAGACCCACCAUUUUUUUUUCUACCAUCUCCCCUGUUUUUUCAAGAAAGUGGGUCCCAAACAUGAUUGAGACAACUGAGCGGCAUAACAGAACUGCCCAUAAUGGAACUGAAAUUAUCUGUGUAUGUACAUGCGUGGGUAAACGUAUAUGUAUGUGUGUGUGCACAUUAAUACACACAUACAUAUAUAGCCCUGCAGGACACUGUAAAAUAUUAUCACAUGGCAUCUUAAGUAGAAAUGAAAAGUAGGGACUUAUAUUCCAUCUUUUUUUUUCACGUUUACAUUCUAAUUGUUAAAAUUUGCUUGCCCUCUCCCCUCCUGAACUGUUUUACGUUGCAUAUAUCAUUGCUUUAUAAGUUAUUUUUUAAGGUGAACUCAUUUGAUAAAUUCUGAUUUUGUAAAUGUCUGCCAUUAUGGAUAGGAAUAAAAUUGCUUAUAAGAGCUUUCAUUAACUUGUGUUUGAUACCAGUUACAUACCCUGUGAAUCACAAACUGUGUUGUCUCAAGAAAUAGAAGAAAGCUCAUCUUAAUUUUUUGGAGAAAUUUAAUAAUUUUCACCUAGUUUGGUGAUUUUUUUUUAAUACUUUGCCUUUAAAAAAAAAAAAAAAAAAAAAAAAAGAAGCAUGGAAGGUUAUUUUUCUUCUUUAAUUGAAGCCUAAUAUCUGCAAUAUCUAUUUUGAAAUGGAAGCCUGAAUUUGAUACAAGCUUCUCAGUAUAUAUAGAGUACUAUGAGGUUACUAUAUGUGAGCUCCAAUUGCUAUAGAAUCUAGCAAUAAAGUGUCAGGGCUUAUUCUGCCUUUGGUAAUGGAUUUUCUGUUUAGCACGAUCCUCCAUAGGGGUGGUAACUAGUGGAAAUACAGUAGAGUUCUGAUUAACAAAACCUGUUCUAACAAUUUAUGUUUAUGUUUCCCCUUUUCAGUGAUUCUCAACUGAAUCGUAAUAAUCCAUGGUCUUGAUUAUGCAAUCUCCCAAGCCCAUUGAGAAGUCAGGUCACUCUGGUACAUGAAUUCACCCCCCCAAACCUUUCAGUAAGCAGCCAUUUUUGUGAAACAAAAUGAGGGAGUAAAUAUUUUUUAUGACUACUAUGUCUUGUGAGGGUCUUACCUGUUGCCAUGAACAAAAGAGGAACAAAGGUCUGGGGCGUUUUAUAAGGUCAGCAUAUUAGAUGUGAAAGCUGGGAACAGAGUGGAGAAAAGGUGUGUAGUCUUUAAGGAAGAGCUUCUGGAAAUAAUCCCAUGUCUCUUUAGGCAAAGCUCUAAAACCAAGACUGUAGUUAGUUCCUAGUGACCUCCAGAUAUCCCAAGAAAAUGAAAGCUUUCAAUUGAGUAGUGGUCAAAACAUUGAUGAUCAGCAAUGUGAACACAAAGUGGCUGCACUAAAAUUUUUGCCACAGCCAAAAACCAAAGUCCACUUUGGACUUUGCAGAUGGAAGAGCCACUUAAUAGGAGGAGCACUUCUGGACAGACAAUGUCCAUGCAGUCUUGUAAGGGGAUAUUUUUUCAUAAAUUUGUGCUGAAGAAUUGUAUGUAGUAUGCUCAUUGUGAUGGUAGAUGCACAUAAGGAGUAACAGAAUCUCAUAACUCAUUUUUAUUUUUAUAUAUGUUAUAUAUAUGUGAAAAAAAAACAUAUUUUAUUCUCUUGUUAGGGCAGUUAAGGAUGAAGCUCUUGGAGACUUAAAAUUAUGUUAAAAGUUUUGGUAGUGUUAUUUUUUAGUAAUUUAGUUUGAUUAGCUGUAAUGUUGAACUAGAUUGUCAUUAUAUAGUUUCUUGGACUUUAUUCCCAGUGAUUAUGAAGGUUGAAUUAAUUUGCUUCUCUUUGGAAAACAUUUUGUUGCUGUCUAAAGUGAUGCCAGGAGCCCCUAUAAUUUGCAUUAAAAAAAAAAAAAAACAACAAACAAACAGAAAGCAAGACCUAAUUUCCUGAGAUCUGUCAUGGUUGUUACUAGCAAGUUUCCCUGGUUGUGUCCACGGUGCAGCCCAUCUUCUCCCAGAAAUAGUGCGAAAUGCAGGCAUCCUUGCAGCUUGUAUUUGUCAUCUGUAUUAUCCUUAUUGGUAGCCUUCCAAGAACAAUUCUAGGACUCUUUUCUGCCCAGUAUCAGGCACAUGAUGUCAUUGCUGCUGGACUAAGGUAGAUGAAUAUAUCUGGACAUCACGUGCCAAAGCCCUUUCAUGCAGCAGGUAAGUGUGCCCUUGAGUGAGCCUGUGACCUGAUUCCAUCUGGGGUCUGCUGAGUGCCUUGGAGAAAGCCCCUGCAAAGCGUCACUGAGAUUGUAAGACAGUGCAUGAUGGCCCUGGAGCUUUUUGCUCUAGCAAAAUUAAACAGAGCUGUGGCUUUGUAUUAAUCAAAACUCUUUUUUUUUAAAUUUUUCCUCCUGAAUUGGGUAUAAUCUUCAACAGUUUAGCUUAUUGGCACCUGUUAAGGAUGAAAGUCUGACCAUUAAAUUAAAUCUAUGCAUAAAGCAGUACACUUUAAAAAGAACUGCCAGCACAUACUGAAUAUUAUUAUCAAAAUAUGUUGGCCUAAUGUAUAUACAUGAGCAUAACAUCCUUUCAGACAUAUCUCUUCUUCUGUAUUCUUUUGAAUCUCCUUUCUAUGCAGUUUUUCUGAUUGCCAGCAAAUCUUUGUUACCCCUUUACAUUUCAUUUGUCAGACAUUUAUAUUAAAUUAAACAUUGUUGCAUCAAUUCUGCAGCAUGAAUGUCAGCACAUACACUGCUGGUUUCAAAAGGAACAGAACUGGGCUGUGCUUCUUAUAACGUGUUACUCUGUGCCCUGGUACUUCAAGUUACUAGGUAUGUCAGCACUUUCCAUAACUAUAUAACUCCACAGAUAGGUGUGACAGAAGAUGUGCAAGCUUGCAAAAUUGUAGAUUUGGGAUGUUUGAUUGAAUAAUCGGUGAACAUCUUGUUAUUAGAAUUUUAAUCAGAUAUAAAGUAACCUAAUCAUCUUGCUUUUUGUAAGGAAUGCUUGCCUUCUGUGCUUACAUACAUGAGUGAAGUUGUAAAUAACUCAUUGCUCAUUGCUAAGAUCAGGUGAUUACAACCAUUCUGGAACUGAACCUGUAGAAAACAACAGGAUGUGCUAAAUGCUCAACUUGUAAAUUACAGGUAUCCCAUUGUUUUUUAAAUUUGCAUGGAGAUUUUUGCUUGGUAAUUUGUUUUCUUUCUUUUGCUUAUGAUCCUUGUAGGAUUUUCAUCACAUAAAGGAGUAUUAAUAUGGAAAGAAAGAUUGUUUCCAAAUACUGACUGAAUACACCCAUUUAUGUUUCUAAUGCACUAGAAAUGUGCAUUCAGUGUGUAAUGUAACUGAUGUUUUUAUCUGUCCUUAUGCAACAGCAUUGUUGAUUAUGUCAGAACUUGUCCAGCUCUGGGAAAAAUACUAUUCUCUGUGAUGCCAGGUAGUUUUUUCACACUAUGCUUUUAGAUAGAUUUCUUGCUUUCAUAUAGAAAAGAAUAGAUAAUGAUUUAGCAGAUGGAUCUUUCAAGCAAGGUUAAAGUAAGGCUUUUUGGGGGUUUGGACUCGAUGAUCUCUAAAGGUCCUUUCCAACCCCUACAAUUCUGUGACUGUGAUUUUUAAGAACAAGUGAUGAAAUCUUAAAAGUUAGAAAUAUGGGAAUAGUUUAUUGGAAGUGCAGAAGUAGAGUCUCAUAUCAUCAGAAUUCUAGCAAAAAUUCUGGCCUUGCAGAAUUCAGCUGGAGUUGGGAUUCAUUUGUGGAUUUCACAGUGAAAUCAGUACUUUACCUUCUACAUAAACCCUUGAGUAGGAGCAUCCAUACACACAUUUUAUCUCCAUAUCUGAGUCUUGCAUAGACAAGAAUGGAGUUUAAGGCAAGGAAGAAGCUGUAUGAAUCACUGGUAAAACAUGUAGCCUGAUACAAACAAGUACCUUGUAUCUGCAUGCAUGGGUUGCAUUAUUUUCUUAAUUGCCUGAGCACAAGGAAGAACUGAAAUUGCACUUGAUGUUCUAGGAGUUGGUACAUGCAAAAGACAGCAGUAACAGCAAGAGAGGUCUCUCACACUCUGUAGGUUGCUCAAAUGUGUCCUAGUUUGCCUUGGGAUGACUGGCAUCCGAAUGACAGGCGAGUUCCCCCAGGAGUCUCCAGAAGCCAGCCCACCCAUGUGUCACCUCCUCAAGGAGAGUACUGACUGCCAGAAUGACCAGCUCACUCCCCACUUGAUUCUGCAGAGCACAGUGCCCCGUGUCUCAUUUCAUGUACUCCGGAGGCAUUCAGACCUUGCUCCCCUUGUAAAACACGAGAGAGAUAUAGGCUCAUCGUUUAUCUUAAAUAAUAGAAAACAGGGAGAAGGGAGUAGAGCCUUGCCUCUGGAGAAGAGUUCAGAAUCAUUGCAUUGGGGCAGCUUCAUGAACUGGCCAAAAAAAUCGUUUGAAUUUUGCCCUAUUCUGUGGUUAGCAAAUGAAAAACUGCAUUUCAACAGGAUUCAGAAUUAGAUGGGCAGUGUAAUGAGACACCAGCUGUUACAGUAUUCAGUGUUGAACAUUUUACUUUACUAGUUAAAAUGAAUUUUCAGUUGACAAAUGUUUCAGUGAUUUCUACUUCUCAGAUCAGUUAAUUAUUUUUAGGUGUUUUCUCUUCUUCUUAGGCAUCUCUGAUCCAGUGUUGUUGGUGACAAAUAUGGACUGAAUGUCCAGAAUUUGACCAUAUAUUUUUGCAUUUGCAGAACAUAAAAGAGGGUUGAAAGAUAUUGAAAACAAAACAGUCAAAGAAAACCUGGUAAUUUUUUUCUAAUUUAUUUCACAGUAAGUGAGGAUAGAACCACAGCUUCUGUCCCAAAUGUUCUUGGGCUUGGUUAGGCCUUCAGGAAGGGAAUCCUGGCAAGCACAUCUGUUAAAUUAAUCCCUCCCCCCCGUCCCUCCCACCCCCCAAAACUGUUUCAGCAGUGACAGCUCAUUUUUCUUUAAACUGAUCACACUAAGGAUCUAAUUCAGGAUGUAAUGAAAACAACAUCUAUAAAAAUUGAGUACACUCAAAUGUAAAUGACUUAGGUUUAAAUUUCAGUGUGUGCAGCUCCCUCUGCUUUCCAGACGUUAUUGGCUCCAUCCUAUAAGCUGCUGUUUGUGCCAGUUGUCCUGCUGAAACUUUGAUGAAACCACUCAGAUAGCGUCAUUUUUCUUGUAGGAUUUCACCCUGACCUUGGUGAAAUGUAGAAUUUGCCUGAGGUGUGACAUUAUUUCACAGAUCUAUAUUUGGAGAAAAAUACAAAGAGUCUACUGAAAUUACCAAAAUUUUGUUUCAACGUGAAAAACAGAGGAAAAAAUCCUUAGCUAAAUUACUCAUUUGAGUGCAUGCAUGCAAGUUGUUUGCCAGCACUGUCAUCUUGGAAACAAAUUAUAGUAACAAAUUUAGGGAAGAUAAAUGGACUGUCUACUCAACAAUUGAAAUUCUGAUCCUGCACAUGCUCAUUUGUUUGAAAUAAAGCCUACACAGGCUUAAUUUUAAGCAGAUUUAACAAUACAAAUUAUAUCCUUCAGAAGAGUGAGACUGCUAAAAUGCUAAACCCAGGCUGAGCGUGGACAGUCUAAAAGUCUUCCCCAAGCCAACAUUUUGUCUCAUUUUACUGAUUUUACUGGUGCGUGAACACAUUCAUGUGCCCAUAGUACUGAUAUGUGGAACAGAUAUGGCUUUCUUCUGUUUCUUAGUUUAUUUCUUAGAGCAUUGUUCACUCCUAUAUUAAACGUUUUUGUGAACUUGUCCUUUCAUUUUGCUUUCAAUCAUGCAGCCAUAGUUUCCCUCAACAUAGCUAACAGCUUUGCAGUUUUAGUCUGAACUUCUCUUUGGUCACUGUUCUUCAUCUAAGCCUAAAAUAUGUAAGAAAGCCUCUCAUGUAAUGGGAAAACUUGCCAUAAAAAUGUGUAAGGGUUUUCUCGGGUACAUGUUUUCACGUUUAAUAAAGAGACAAUUUUCAGUUAUGAUUUGAAAUGGUCACUUUCUAGCCACUAUUUAAUAUCUACGUUCAAAAGAAUCCAAGAAAGCAAAUGACAUUUUUUUUUCCUUCUCUAUUUGAAUUCAGCAUUGUAAAGACUUACUGAAAUACAUGUUUUUGGGAAGCCAGACCAAACCAAAACUUAUUGCCUAGCUGCUAUAAAUAACACAGGCCUUCAUGCUGAAAUCUCCUUCCAUAUCCCUAAGAGCAAGUUGCCUCACAUCUGAUGCACAUGGCUCAGCAGGCCUUUGUGGGGCCUGGCUGUUGAGGACUGGGUGGCAAAUGACCUUCAUACCCAGCCUCAUCUCUCCAAGGGAGCUGCUGCACUGCGUCUGGCAGUUGGGCCUGUGGGAUCCUUGGGAUUUUGCAGGACUGGAGCAAGAGGUCUGGUUUUUCUAAGAGAAAGUUAUGCGACGUUGGCACUGGUUUUUGGAAUCAGUGCAGAACGUUUUUGGGUUUUGGUUUGUUUGGGGGGGGGUUUGUUUGUUUGUUUUAAAUUAUUAUUUUUUUAUUUUUUGCUAGGCGCUUUUCCCCAGUUCCUUGUGUGUGCUAAGAACUAGAUCAUACAGUUUGGAAGUCUGGUUUGCUUCAGAAAUAUGUACAGCUCUUCAGGGUUGGAGGGAGUUAUAACAACACCCAUGGCCAAACCUAUGUUUGUCCCCAGUUUGGUGUGAACAGUUGUUAGUACAGAACUUUGCUCCUUACCACAAGGAGCCAAUUCUCCUCUGGAUGAACUGGAGAUUUGUAGGUUUUAUUUCUGUUGUUUUUCUUCCCUCUCAUUUGUAUUUUUCCAUUAAAUGUACUCAGCCAGAUGUUUACACAAAAACAAGAACAAUUUGCCCAAUAAAUAUUCAGAAAGUUACUCACAUCUGUAACGAGAGUCCCACCAUAGAACAUUUAUUUCAUGACAAACGUUGUGGCUGUGCAAGAUCCCGAGAGCUGUUGUUAAGUGUUCAGCAUUAGGAAAGUUAGCUUAUUAUGCAUUAGACAAGAUGACUUCCAGCAAUGACAUAAAAUAGCCUGAGACAGAAGUUGAUAUUUGCUGUGCAGAAUAGAGGAAAAUUAAAAUCCAAACAGAGCCUACGUGAUUGAAGUAGGAAACGAUACUAAAGAUGUGAUUUCUAGGAGAAUUCGAAAAGUACAUUAGCUGGUAAUAAGCUUUCAUUUACAUUGACAUUAAAAGUUAAGGAGAAGUGUAUAAGUUCCUAAAUGAAAUAAGGAAGGAGAGGCAUGAGGACAGUGUGAGCUGGAACUUUCUGCUGAGAAUCAAGUAACUUUUUCUUGGGGGAGGAGACAGAAGGAAGGCAUCCAAGGAACCCUUUUUGCCCUGCAGUGGCUGUCUGAGAAGUGUUGUAUCAGCAUGCCUUGUAUGCUUACUGACAAAUUGUGAAGCUUUUUUUUUUUCCUAUGGCAAGUAUCCCCUUCCAAGAAUGCUGUGGUGCAUCUAUUUUGUGCAUGUUUGCCUAAACCAAACAAAAAAACAUCAAAGCAGCUUUUUAUGCCAGAUUUUUACUGCCGUACAUGCAGCCAGAAAACACUUAUUUCUGGCAGGGAGAGGAGGAAGAUUUAAUUGCGUAUCUGUGGCAUUACUUAAAGCAUUGGUAAACUGUUGUCAGUUUGGUUCACAUUGCACACAUACUCUGUGUAGCCAAUGGCUGGCAUUAAUACCUCAACAACUCUUGGUCUGUAAACUCCUACAGGUUCUGUGCAAGAAACCUUGUCUCCAUUGCUUAAUACUAUAAAUUCCUUCCCUGAAGCAAGAGGUGGCUUUGAUUGUGCAGCCGUGUGUACUGUGUACUACAAUAGUACCUGUUCUGUCAUCAAAACUUGCUGUUCACGUCUAAGUAAACCUUUGUUAAGCACGCUUAGUGAUUUCAGGACUUAUUUCAGACAGCAGGAUACAUAAGCUGCUAGCAGGAAUAUUAAAUCAAACACAACCUAAGCAAACCUGGCUCAGUUUGCAUCCUGUAUGAGGGCCUGGGGCCAAGCACGAUUGGACAGCCAGCAUCUUGCAAUGCCAUGCUGGCUGUGUGUGCAAGUUGCUGCUGGGAAUCAGACCCCAUAGGAAACGCACACCAGGUUCUCCCCUGGUGUAUCAAAGCUUCUGCAUUGGUGCCAGGACAGAAACCCAUAACUGUUGGUUGCAGUCAGGGAACAUUAUCUGUGCUGCGUGCCCUUGUCACCAGCUAUCACUGGCAAUGCAACCUGAGAAAUUUGAAGGGGAUUCAUAGUCAUGUAUUUUUUAGUUUAAGUGACUAGGCUGACCUUUUGAAUAAGCACAGUAUUUGUUAGUGAUUUGCACCUUCACCCAUUCAUGUAAAACUCUUUGAGUAUUGAAAAAAAUGUUCCUCACACCUCCAAGACCAUCUGUAGAUCAAGUCUUUAUAUUUCUAAGGCCAGAAAGGUAAAAAAAUAGAGAACAGGGCAUAAUCACAGUUCAAGAAAAGUGCUUGCUGGCUGCGUAUAAACAACUAGGUAGGUGUGUUUUCAACAGAGAUUGACUUUCAAUAUCACAAGUGAAACAAACACUCAAACUCUAGUCUCUAGAAAUAAGGAGAAAUUUUCCAACUCAUCUGGAAUUAAAUUUGUCAAUCUAAAUAUUAAUAUAGAAAAUCCAUACAAAGCAGGAUGGCCUGCCUCUGACCUUAAGCAUUAAUACUGAUUUUGUGUCAGGUCUCACAGAUUUUGUAUAUUUCAGUGCAGCUGUAUUUCUCCUCAGUAAGUGCUUGACUUUCAUUACUGACAGGCAAAUAAGCAAAGAGCUAAUCCAUGGCGUACCAAAAGAGUUCAAAAGUAUGGCAGUACAAAAUUCCCUCCACAUCAUAAAUAUGCAGAUGCGUGCAUGUUGCAUUAGGGCAAGUAAAAACUCCAGUUGCAAACUCCUCCAGAAUUCGUGUGUGAUUUUUGAAGGCAGUCUCUUGGACCGUUUCAAAAGGGCAGCAGGCUGCACAAAUGGGAGGUCCAACAAGCUGCUUGACAGUGUACCUUUCUGAGUUGUUUAAGGUUUUGCUUUGGGGAUCAUGACUAGUCCAGUGGCAGCCCUUAGAAGCAGUUAUACCACGCAUGCAUCUUAAUUUGAAGCUUAUUGAAUGUGUCAGAAAACAGACAUGCACCUGAAGGCCUCCCUUCUUUAAAAGUACUGUUUGAACAAAAUGUCCGGCUGUUUUCCACAGCUGUUAAGCUGCUGAGAGGUUUGGUGGAGUUAGUUCUGUUGUACCAAGAGACAAAAACUUGUGCCUGUGUGCAGACAGCCUCCCCAGAGGAAGUGUCUCUGGCAGCCAGGCUGGCACAUCUUUGGGAAUCCGUGGUGUACCAAGAAGCCUAAGGACCAAACAUGGGAAACAAGGUCAUAAAUCUCACUUCACUGUUUUAUCUUUGAGAGUUCCUGGCAAGACCAGGGAGCUGCAAAGUGAUGGAGUGCAUGGUCCCUGACCAAAGGCCUAUCUGUGUUGGAGCAUCCAACAGUGCUCUUGCAGACUGGUGUUUGGUGAUGGUAAUUUGACACCACCACACCAGACUUGGUUUUGUUCCUCACUGGUCUGAUUCAACCUACCCUAACUUUAGCCACCUAAAAAUUACCAGUCUAAGUUCCCACUUUUAAGUCACAGGAAGAGCAGAAGCAGAGAUGCCUCUGAAAAACUGUAUGAUGGCAUCCAUUGCCCUCUCCAGUGAUAAAUCCUGAUUGCUUUUAAGAGCAUACACUUGGGUUUAAUACUUAGCUUCACAUCCCUGGAAUGGGUUAAAAUGGGAAAGAAUAACAUAGCUCCUGAGAAUCUGAAUCCAUGUGGCUUCCAGAUGAGUUUUUUAAAUCCUUCAGUCUCAAACAUGAUUUCUGUCCUGUAGUUUGCUAUUGCCUCCUUCUGUACUUUUUUUUUUUUUUUUUUUUUUUUUUCUUUUUUAAUAUAUAUAUAUAUAUGUAAGCAGGGGUAACUUGAAUUAGCUUGUUAAACAUUUCUGGAAGGUUUAUCCCUGCCCUCCCUUGUUUGUUAAAUGGGCUCUCUCAUUCUUUGUCUGCACUGAUUCAUUCAUUUAAAGCAACAUAUGAAGAAACCAUUGCAUAGAUGAAUCAACACCAGCAAUAGCAUAUGCUGCUUUUAAAUUCAGCUGUGAGGUUGUAACUAAGAUAUUAAUGUAUAUACUUUCUAGGGAUGACUAGAUUCCUUUUCCUAAGAGCUUUCAGGAAUGAAUCUAGAAGCUCCUAAUUUAGGAUUGUGAAAAUUCAGGUAGUAAUGGCAGUAUAUGGGGAUUUUUUGUACGCUUUCUGUAAAUGUAUAUAAUUUCAUAUGCUGGUUUGGAGAUAAGGAAGGUACCCAGUUUCAGAUAGACCAGAUUUUUGCAGACAGCAUUACUGUCCGGGUUAGCAAAGCCCAUCUAAGUUCCACCUCAGGCUUGCACCAUACACCUACCUUAAUUCUCACCCAACUUGGUAUCUGUCCUUCUUCACUCACCAUGGGUACCAUGUCAAAACAAUCAUACCACUUCUUGUUGCAAGCUGAGGAACAGCUGAGGUUUAAAAAUAUGAAUGUUGCAACUCACGCCUUUUCACCUUCAUGAAGUGUCCACAUUGUCUCAGCUGAGCCUCCAAAGAGCGGCUGCCUCCAAAGUUGCCAUAUAAUUUCAUCACUCAAAUGUAGGUGUAAUUUAUUUUUCAUAAUUUAAUGAGUCUAACAGCAGUGGUAUAAGUAUGUUUGCUAUAUUUUCAGAGUUGUGGGUUAUUUGGUGUUGAAAAUGAUAAGCAUCUUGUGUAGCUAUGAAUAGAAAAACUGAGAAAUGCUUCUUAUGAUAACGCUAGUACAAUCCCUGCUCUGCUGUUUCAUAUUUUAAGUGCUGAACUGAACCAAAAUACUAUCUUUGAGAAUUACCCUAGACUCAUCCCUCCAUGAUUUUUUCUGUUCCUGCUUCUGGGUCCUUAGUGAAUUCUGGGCCAAAAGUAAAGCAGCGGCAGUGACAAAGGUAACUGUGGUAGCCACUUAUGGACAACUUUUCAGAUGCAUACAGCCGUUCUUGUCUGUUGCCUGAUACUCUUGCAUUUUUCUCAGUGGAUCACCAUAUUCUUGAACAUCUUGAUGGGUUUUGUCAGCCAUGGAGGAGAUGUGGACAAGAUUAGCACCGGGGAAGUGUUGAAAUGUAGCAAGUAAUGAGCUAUCUUCUCCAGCAAGCAUUUAUUUUUAGUGCUUAACUUUCAAUUAAUGUUUAUAUUUUCAGUUAUAUUUUAUCAUUCAGUAUCUUGAGGUGGUUUGAGCAAAAUAUAUGAAUAUAUAUAAUUUACAAGAAAUAUAGGCUUGUAUUGUGCCUUUGUAAUUCUCUUCAGCUUCAGUAUCUAUAAGCUACGAGCGGACAAACCUUUGGGGUAUUCUUUACUACAUAGUAGCUGAUGGCUUCAUUAAUACUGGCUAUUUGAAUCUUCUGGGUCUAAUGUUUAUGUUUUCCCAGGUGAAAACGCCAUAGUGUUCUCCACCAGACAUAAGCACAAUGACAUAUCACUGCAGUGCAUGCUGUCUCUUAGCUUCUCUCUACAUGUGCUUGCAUGUUGAAAAUUUAGAAAUGCUGCUGUAUAAAUUGCUACCUUGUUUACCCAAUACAAGUGUUUUCCUGCAUCCCUUGUUUGCUUGAAACUUAUUAACACGAAAGUUAUCAUUGGCUUGAAAGGGAGUUGUGGAUGCACAAAGGAUGCAGGGAGCAACUCCUCAGUAGUUUACAGGCUGCUGUGCAUUAAUGUCUUCUCAGCAAAGAAAUGUAGCAUUAGCAGUGACUUCCUAGUGAAAACACUGAGCGUGCUUAUCACUUAAGACUUUAGGAAAAAGCGUCAGACUGUGUAAUUGUAUCUCAUCUAACUUAGACACCUAACCAGUAACAUUUGAUGAGGCAUGAGCCUCUCAUUUAACUAUUUUUGAUCAUGAAGUACCAAACAACGCAAAACUGAAAGGUGAACAGCCAUGUUUUAGUAUCACAGCUACACAAGAAAUCACGAGUUUUCAUGAGGUUCUGUUCUGAUUUUGUUUCCUUAUCUCUAAAGCAUUUUCACUGUGGAAGUAUCUUUCCAUGCAGUUACUGAGGCUUCCUUUCACCAACCAAAACAGUCCGUAGCCUUCUACACUGUGAAAGGCAAGCUCUGUGGAGAAACAUGGGCUUUCCGCUUGCCCAGCAAAUUCGAAGAAAUUUCAUCCAAGCCAUAAAAGCCUUUUAUGUUAUUGUGUUUGUGUAAUCAAAGCAAUUAGGGAUAGGAACCUCGGUAAUGAAGAGGUCUCUCUGUCCUCCGUUUUACUCUCUCUCUCUGUAAUUUGUAGGGAUUUAAGAGUUAUUUUCUCAAGGCUCAGCUGUGUCUCUCUAAACCAGCACAGUCUACGCAUCAUGUGAGAUUCAACUUAAUGGGGAUAGCAUUUGAACGUUUAAGAUUUACUUUUCACAUAGCAAGGAGUAAUGUAUGUCCCUAGGGACGUGGACUCUUGCAAACAAGUCUGAUACCAAGGAUAAAAAAUCAGCAUGGUACCAGUACAUCAGACUCUGUACUACAGUGGGUUUUUUAGCUUUUGUCAUUUGUAUUUUAUUUUGCAGGAGAGGAGUUGGGGAAUCUCAGAUCACAUGGGGGAUUUUAGAAGUAUAUCACUCAACAAUCAUUUUAUAAAGUCUAACUUCAAAAUGCACUAUGAUUUAUUACAAAAAUAUAUUUUCUUCUGUUUGCCGACAUGGUUGUUCCACUUUGUGAUAAGUUAAACUAAGCAGUUAAUUUGUUGCACUGCCUAGCUGCAUGAAUUCAUCCAGUGUACGUACGUACCUGUGCAGCAUUACUUUGGGUUUUGUAUUUGAAUUUGCAGUAUUGAUUAUUAUUUUUGUAUUUUACUUUGCCUCUGUUAUUGGAAUUGUAGUAAACAUAAUUUAUACAUAUGAUUUUACAACUGUUUUGCAACUGAAAAGUCUCCUUUAAAUUGUAAAGUUUUAUUGAUGGAUACUCAUUAAAAUGGUAUAAGAAUUAUAUUAACAAUUGUUUUGUGUUUUGAUGCUCUCUGUACAUAAAUAUAUGUCUAUUUAUCUGUUUAAUGGUGCUUGUGUCUUGCAAUUUUGGAUACAUUUUAGAAUAAAGUUUCAUUUUACAAGAA